AGUCAGAGUGAAGGUGUGUCGCACCUGGGCUCGGCUCCGACACUCCUCUGCCUUGGAAAGUCACACACUCUCCACUCCGUCGACGUUUACCUUUCGCCCGUGUACCAGUGCUGAGGCAGCCGUGCGAUCGCCAGCCUGUUUCCCGACAAUGUCAUCGCGAAUGCGGCCGGGAAGUUCGUCCUCUCUCUCGGAGGGCUCGUAUUACGAGAGCAUCGAGCGUGCCGGCUCCCCCAACCCCGCACUCUACAUCCACGGACAGAAACACUACCUUCCCGUCGGCAGCCCCACAGGGCCCACCGUCACCAGACUGGUCCGGCACGGAGGCGGCCAGCAGACCCUGGAGCGGGUACAAGACCAUCAGCAACAAUAUCAACAUGGUAAUGAAGUCACCUAUGUACAGAACAGCCCCGGGCAGGUGGGGUUGUCAAGCCCCACAGAGGUACAAAACAGGCAGCAUCAAUAUAUACUGUCCCAAAGCAUGAAAGGAAUAAAUAUUCCAACUGAGUCGGAAGUUAUAGUACAUAAAACAUUCGUGACAGUUAAUCAAGUUCCAUCUGCACAGGUAUAUGAGGGUGUUCAAGGCUUUCAAUCCUAUCAGAACAUUGGAAAUUCGCAAACCCACUGGGAAGAUAUCAAAUACAGUGAAAGCCAAAUAAGAAAUGAUCGAAGCCCUGUGCAGGUUGUGUCUUAUCCGAAUGAACACAUCACGUCUCGGAGUACACGAAGCUCUGUCACAUCCCAAGAAUAUGACCUACACUCAGAGGAAACCCAGAUGAAAUGCUCUGGAGGAGGGAGUCCAGUACCAGCCAGAACCCGGAGUCCUCACCCCAGCCAGAUCAAGAGUGCAAUGGAUUACGAGAGUGGUAACACAGAGAAAUUGGAUCCUCGAUACUUUGGUGAGCUGCUGGCUGAGCUGAAAUGCAAGACCACUGAGCUCCACAACAUCCUGCAGGAAAAUACGCAGAAAAUCAAGUGCAAACAGGGCAGUUUGCAAAUGAAUCUUGAUCUCAAUGGUACCAAUGAAAAUCUUGAAGCUCUGAUACCAAAAGGGGUAUCUGAAUUGACAAAACAACACCUGCGCUAUAUUUUGCAGACAAGGUUUACUGUGGACAAAUCCUUGCGACUUCUUUUGGAAACGUUCAGCAGCUUACGUGAAGAUCUACUCCAUCUUCAGGACGACCUAAGAAGUCUUGCCACAGACAAGGAAAUGCUGGAAAAAGACUUGGGUUUUAAAUCGCAAAAGAUGACAGAAUAUUCACAGCUCUUGGAGUCCGUACGAGAGAACAACCGACAGUUGCAGAGUACCAUAAAAGAGAAUGGUUCAAGCCAUCGAUCCCUUGAGGAUUUGAUGUUAACUCUGAGAAAUUCUGAGGCAGAUAAGGAAUUCCGCGUGAAAGAGUUGGAAUUCAGCAAGAGAGCUCUAGAACAAGAUAACGAGUCACUUCGUCAGCAGCUAAUGAAGAGUCCAUCCACUGCAACAUUUACCACUGACAUUUCAAACAAUUACUAUGAAAUGGUCAGUAAGCUCCGUGAAGAAAAGGACAAGGAAAUCACUGUUUUGAGGUCCCAAAUCAGCAAUAUGAAACGUGAAAUGUCAUCCGGACAAGACAGUAGCAGCAGCAUGGAAAUUAAAUUAAUGCAAUACAAUAACAAUCUGAGUGAGAAGGAUUCCAUUAUUCAACAGAAGAAUGAGGAAAUCACGAGACUCAGAUCUUCACAACAUGGGUCCAACAAUGUGACGCGCACCAUCAUCACAAAGCGAUACCUUGACUAUCCUAUUCUGGGCCUUCUGGACAAUAUACCUAAAUCACCAAGUAAAGAACGAAAGACUAUUUUCUAUGAAAAUAAUAGAAGAAAGUAAAUAAGAAAACAGUAGGUAAGGACUGAACCCUGGAGUAACACUCCAUGAAAUCUAUUCUCAUUAGGAACAUCUUUCGGCCUACUGAAGACUAAUUGAAUACAUCGGGAAGUAUUUACUAUUUUUGCCACCUAGGUUAAUCAACAUUUUCUUAAUUUUAUGGUGUCCUUUCUUAGCCUUGAUUAGCCACAAAACGUGGUAUUUUGCGGGGAAUCGGUAUCAGUUUGUGUUAAACUGUUUAUUUUUUAAAUGUAUUGUUGAAGACUUAAGGUGUGAGGAUUUUUGCUAUUUUACCUUUUAAUAUUAGAAUUAAAUUAAAUUGCAUAUUAGACUUAAAGGUGGUUGGUAUGAAGAAUAGAGCAUAAAAAUUGAAAAAUAAAUUAAAUGCAAGCUAAACCACUGUCUAGUUGAUGAGUGGGUGCUUUUUAUCUGCAUAUUGAAUGGUGAUGUUUGUUUAUCCUGUAUAUUAUAUGAAAGGCAUUUUCCACUAUACUUAGUGUGCCAGUUUCACUUGAACAGCAAUGAUUUAGUAGCAAUACACAAGAGCACUGCCUUUUAUUUGUGAUUGUUCUCAUUUCCAUGUACAUAUACUUAAGUAUAGGUACACUAAAGACAAGAAACAUUACCAGUGAUGGAUGAAAUAUUUUAUAAUAAUGGAUUUUACCUUUUGUUCUGAAAUAAUUUUGUAAUUUAACUGUGGAUUAUUGACAUUGAAAAUAUAUAUUUUAAGAUGUAUAAAAUUUAUUGGUGAUUUAAAAUAAAGAGGAUUAAAUUUAUUUAUAUUCAAAAUAACGUGACAAUUACUAAAUUGCGAUAAGAAUUAAAGAGUGCUCUCUGAAAAUUAAAUCAUCCUAAUUGACUGUGUCCAGAAAUAAUUUCGACCAUUCAUUUUUAGCAAUAUCUGCUCAUCAGUCUGUUCCAUUCAAAACAUGUUUGUAGGACAUAAAGAAACUCUGAUUCAAAUGGAUGAAACUGAUCAUUAAGUACAGUGUUAAUUUUAUACUUUAUGGCUGAAGUAAUUAUUCUCAGUGCGCUUUUUUUUAGUGCAAUAAGCAACUUCGAAAUUAUGGAGCUAGACCUUCUUGUUAGUAUUGUGACCAAAUAUGUAUAUGUCUCAACUUUCUUAUUGAACAUUGGGGUUAUAAACUGUACUGCACAGAACCAUUAGCGUUUUAUUCCAUUAUACAUUCUGGGGUGCAAUAAAUUACUUUGUUGUACGUUAAUGCAAGUGGAUACAUUUCUGUAUUCCUUGAAUGGUUCAAGGCUAUCAUUACAAUUGAAAAAUGCAGCCAAGACCGCAGAACAAAUCUAUAUGUAUCCAUGCAAUUUAACAAAAAAAUAAAAAAAAUAGAUAAAUUGU